CGCCAUUGGCGGCUACAGCUGUCGAUCAUCGGGUCCCAGCCAGAGAUUCCCCGCCGGUAUCACUGGUAUCAUUGCCGAGUAUCACUGGUGGGGGAGAGGUCUGUAUGUAAACAAUACAGGUCUCUCCCUUGUCAGCUCCAGCAUGCUGCUUUGUAUUGCUCUGCAGCAUGCCUCCCUAGUAAAACACAGCACACAGUAAAACACACACAGCACACAGUUAACCCUUUGAUCGCCUCAGAUGUUAACCCCUUCCUGCCCAGUGUUAUUAGUACAGUGUCAGUUUUAUUAGCACUGAUCACUGUAUUAGUAUCAUAGGAGAUGUCAGUGACAGUUAGUCAGUUCCCCCCAGUGUCAGAAUGCCCGCCGCAGUCCUGCUUUAAGUCGCUGA